UAUAAAUAGGGAACUAAUCCUCUCCAAACAUCAUAUCAGUCUCAUCUUUCACUCAUUUUUCUAUAUACAUUUAUCAAUUAUCCCUUUGCAACUACACCAUGGCUGAAGAGGAGAACCGUAGCCGCGGCCUCUUCCACCACAAAAAGGACGAGGAUAGGAGACCUACAGGUGAUGACUAUGACUCCGGUAAUUACAGAAAAACAUCACACAAUGAUGAGUUUUCUAGUGGUGACAAUGAAUCUAGUUACAACAAAACAUCAUAUGGUAAUGAAAAUCCUAGUGGUGACUAUGAAACUGGCUACAAUAAAACAGCUACCAAUUAUGAAACAUCUAAUAACUAUGGUGGUACUGGUAGUGGAUACACUGACACCCAAGCAACCACCGGUGGUGGCUAUGGUGGCUCUGACACCAGAAAAACUACCGGUGGGGGUUAUGGUGGUGGUGACUAUGGUGACUCUGACACCAGAAAAACUACCGCUGGCGGCUACGGAGGUGGUGGCUAUGGUGACUCUGACACCAGAAAAACUACCGGCGGUGGUUACGGUGGUGGUGGCUAUGAUGACCCUGACACCAGAAAAACUACUGGUGGCGGCUACGGUGGUGGUGGUGGCUAUGAUGACUCUGACACCAGAAAAACUAGCGGUGGCGGCUAUGGUGGUGGUGGUGGCUAUGGUGACUCUGAUGUCAAUACAACUACUGGUGGCGGUUAUGGUGGUGGCUAUGGUGACUCUGACACCAAAACAACCACUGGCGGAGGCUUUGGUGGUGGUUAUGGUGAUGAUACUAAUCGUCGUGAUGAUGAUGUUGAUUAUAAGAAAGAGGAGAAGCAUCACAAGAAACUUGAGCAUGUUGGUGAGUUUGGUGCUGCAGCUGCCGGUGGUUAUGCUUUGUAUGAGAAGCAUAAGUCAGAGAAGGAUCCUGAGAACGCUCACAGGCACAAGAUAGAAGAAGAGGUUGCAGCAGCAGCUGCAGUAGGAUCUGGUGGAUUUGCCUUUCAUGAACAUCAUGAGAAAAAAGAAACAAAGGAGGAAGAGGAAGAAGCUCAUGGAAAGAAGAAACACCAUUUCUUUGGAUGAACAUAUGUGAAUAUAUGAUGAUAUAAAUAUGAUAUAAUAAUAAGCAUACAAGCAUUAUGGAGAUAUUCAUUCUGCUUAGCUUUUAUCCUAUAAUUAAUUAUGCUUUUGGCUUAUUAAUUAUAUGUAUUUAUUGGUAUUGAGUUCAUCUAAUUGCAGUUUAAUUUGAGUGAUUUGGAGAAUGUAAUUUCCAGCUUGGUGUCAUAUAUAGAUGAUGCAUGUAUGUAUAGAUCUAUAUGUUGUGUUAACUGUUAAGUAAACAAGAUAUAUAGCGUUGUAAAAGAAUUUGAGAUGAUUUCAAUAAAAUUACUAGUUCUGCCAUGAA